AUGUCCGCCGAAGCCAGUCACCAGGGCGAGGCCAGCGGCCACGAGGACGCGGUCGCACCUCAGCUGCCUGCUCCCGACGCAGCGAACAGCGGCAGCGACAUGCAGUGGGAGGGGUUCGUUGGAGGGACCAUACCCCUGGCGCAGGAGACCUCUCCCCGCCAGGAGGACUUCUUGUCGUCGUCGGAUGAGGAUCUGGAGGAAGGCGAGAUCCGCGAGGAAGGAGAAGACAGAGCUGAGGACGAGGACGAGGACGAGGGAAGUGGAGAGAGCAGCCAGCCCGCAUCCCCUGGUCAGCAUGGGGCUACGGCAACGGCGAGAGAGACGCGUCGAAGGCUCAGCGUCCACGUCACCGUCCUCGGCCAGCGAUUCCACCUGUUGUCCACUGAGCUGGAGGUGUCGCAGGCGGAGGUCAUCAUGCCGGAUCCGCAAUCCGAGCAAGGAGGGGCGGGGCCGAGGUGGCCAUGGAUCAUGUUGACACCGAGGACGGCCACGCCAGCCACGAGGGAGUCGCCGACGAACCUUGCCUACUACGACCACCAUCAUCACCAAAACCACAGAGGGGAGCUGGUCGUCUUCAUCGUCCACGGCUACCGGUACGAGUUUCAGCCCGAGGAGCUCGAGACGUCCGAAGUCCAUUUCAUCUUUCCGUGGUCGAGUGACGCCUCCGGCAGCGCGCCGGAUCUGGCGCAUCGACCAUGGGUACUUCUGAAGCCUAAAGUAUCGGGCGACGAGGUAUUUCAGGAGGAGGAUGAUGAGGAGGAGGACGAGAGUGAGUCCGACGACGACAUCGAGGAGGAAGACGAGGAGGGGGGUGAUGAUGAAGAGGGCGAAAGGAAGAUCGACGACGACGACGACGAUACCUCGGGGAAGCACGACUCAGGCGUGGCACUCGGUGGCAGCGGGUCGGAGGUCCGAAGCACGGGGAGUUGGGAGGAGAGCAGCAGCCCCACGGGGGCGAACGAGGGGGAGGGGGAGGGGGAGGGGGAGGUGACGCCGCAGCCUGCCGGUCAAUACUUCCAGGUCAAUGACUUUGAAUAA